AUGCACUUCAAACAUCUGAUGAUGUUCAAAUAUAUUUUUCAGGGUGACUGUUGGAUUUGCAUGGAGUUGAUGGACACAUGUUUGGAUAAGUUUUACAAAUUCAUCUAUGAGAGGCUCAAAACUAGGAUUCCUGAGCCUAUUCUUGGAAAAAUAGCUUUAGCGACUGUUAAUGCCUUAAAUUAUCUCAAGGAAGAACUUAAAAUUAUCCACAGGGAUAUAAAACCAAGCAAUAUACUCUUAGAUAAAGGAGGAAAUAUCAAACUCUGUGAUUUUGGCAUUUCAGGUCAACUUGUAGACUCAAUUGCUAGAACAAAAGAUGCUGGUUGCCGACCCUAUAUGGCACCUGAAAGAAUAGAUCCUCAGACUGCAAAAGGAUAUGAUGUAAGGAGUGAUGUUUGGUCACUAGGGAUAACCUUGAUGGAGGUGGCAACUGGUAAUUUUCCUUACCAAAAAUGGUCCAGUGUUUUCGAUCAGCUGCAUGAAGUUGUAAAUGGAGAUGCACCAAGGCUUUCAACCAAUCAUAAUGCCAAUACAUUUACUCCCGAAUUUGUAAUUUUUGUGAAUACAUGGUAAGAAUGU